AUGGGCCUCUCCGAGAUCGACGACUCCGACACGGAGCCCUCCGAAGAGGAGGAGCAGAAGUCCCCCGAAAAAGAAGAGAAGAUGACCUACGAGCAGGCGGCUCAAAUCCUGGGAGUCGCCGAGGACGAAGAAGACGAGGCCGUGUUGAGAAAGGCCUUCCGAAAACAGUCGCUCCUCCACCACCCGGACAAGAAUCCCAACGACCCUACCGCCACAGCUAGGUUCCAGAAGAUCGGGCAAGCUCUAGAAAUGCUCACGCGGAGAGCUAGAGGUGAAGUCUCGGACGAUGAUUAUGAUGAUGAUGAUAUUUUCGGCGACGCGUUUUUCCGGGGCGCCACCCAAGAUUUCGACGACGAGGAGGCCUUCUCAGAUUUCAUUAGGAUGAUGCGGGACUUCAUGCGGUUCCGGGCGCGGCGCGGAGGUGCUGCGUUCCACAUGGGCGGUGGCAUCUUCUUCUCCUUCGGCGGCGAUAGUGAUUCCGAGUAUGAUGAUAGGGACUACGAGCGGGAGCGGUUCGAUCAGAAAGCGAAGAACAUGUGGCGCAAGCGCGAGGAGUACUCGGAACAAGUGGAGAAAGAGCGCGAGGAGCGCCGCGCCGCGCGCGACGCUCGUAGGGCGGAAAUUGAAGCUGCCAAGAAGGUGCGGAAGCAGCGCAAGGAGACGGCGCGGACGCGGUUCGCGCAGCGCUUGGGGUGUAGCCCCGACGGCAAGCUGCGCUAUUUGGACUGGAGUUUCAGUGCGCUGAAGGGCGAGGCCGACAAGCGCAAGCUCAAACGGCCGAAACUAGUCGACGGCGCGACGCUCGCGCAUCUGCUCCUAGACGACGACGAGCGUCAGGCGAAGCGGAAGAAGAAGGUCGUCGAGCCGGUGGUGGAGGAGGCGGCUCCUGCUGCAGAGCCGUCGCCACCUUCCUCUGAUGCAGAAUCCGACGACGACUUCGGCCAGGCGGCGUUCUUCUCGCGUGUCGCGCAGAAGAAGCCGUCGCCGCGGCCGGCGAAGAAGUCGCUCGAGGUGCCGGCGCCCGCUCCCGCGCCGGCGCCAAAGCCCAAGCCCAAGCCCAAGGCGCCGACGCCGCCGCCGCCGCCGGGCGCCGCGCCGGAGAAAAAGAAGCGCGUGCGCAAGAAGAAAGCUCCCGCGCCGGCGCCGGUAGCGGCGCCGCGGCCGCCGCACCCCGAACUUGAUGGCUACGAUCUUGAUUCAGAGGACGCGGCGCUACAGCGGGCGUUGUUCGAGUCGGCGUUGCUAGCGGCGGCCGAGGGCCCGCCGACGCCGCCGCCCAUGCCAACUGGACCGCCGAUGCCGGCCGGUCUAUCCGUGGGCGACCGGGCGCGCUGGCGGGCGGGGCAGCUCGACGUGCCCCCACCACCGGUCGCGCCGCCGGCCGACGCGUCUGGUUUAUCUGUUGGGGCACGCGCGCGCCUGCGCCGCGAGCAAGCGGCCGCCGCCGCCGCGCCGCCCGCGCCGGUCGCGCCCCCGGUCUCCGCGCCGCCGGCCGACGUGUCCGGCCUCUCCGUCGGGGCGCGGGCGCGCUUGCGGCGCGAGCAAGCGGCGGCCGCCGCCGCGCCGCCACCCGCGGCGCCGUCGCCUCCUCCGGCCGACACCUCCGGCCUGUCCGUGGGCGCUCGGGCGCGCCUGCGCCGGGAGCAGCAGCAGGCCGCCGCCGCGGCGCCGACACCCUACCAGGCACCUGCAGCGCCCGUGCCGCCGCCGGCGCCCUAUCAAGCACCUGCCGUGCCGCCCGCCGUGCCGCCGGCCGACACGGCCGGCCUCUCUGUGGGUGCCCGCGCCCGCCUGAGGAAGCAGCAGCAGCAGGCCGCGCCCGUCGUGACGCCUCCCGCGCCCGUCGCGGAACCGCCGCUCUCCGUCGGCGCGCGGGCCCGGCUCCGCGCCGAACAACAAACCCAGGCCGCGGCGCCGCCCAUCGACCGGCCCUACCACCCCGAGCUCGACGCGGCGCCGCCGCCCGCGCCGCCCGUCGGGCUGAGCGUCGGCGCGCGGGCGCGCCUGCGCAAGCAGCAGCAAGAAGCCGCCGCGGCGCCCCCAGCCGGGAUGCCGCCUGGCCUGGACCCGCGCGACGCCGAGAUCGCGCGGCUCCGGGAAGAGAACGCGCGGAUCCAGGCGGACGCCGCGCGUGAGGUUGAGAUCGCGCGGCUCCGCGCCGAGAACCUCCUGCUUCAAGGCUCCGCGGCACCGGUCGCUCCGGUUGAUACGGCGGGCAUGUCCGUGGGUGCCCGCGCCCGAUUACGCAAGCAGCAGCAAGAGGCCGCCGCCGCGCCGCCGCCGGUCGCGCCGCCGCUCCAAGCCCCGUACGCUCCGCCGGUCGCGCCGCCGGCCACCGCGCCGGCGACCGACGGCAUGACGGUCGGCGAGCGCGUCCGCGCCUUAAGAGCUCAGGCGGCCGCCGCGCUCGCCGCGCCGGCGCCGCUCGCGCCCGUCCCGACCAUGGGCGGCGCCUGGGUCUGCACGGCGUGCACCUUCGAGAACCCGAACCCGAACGCCCUCGUCUGCGACCUCUGCAACACGGUGCGCCCGGUCGCGGCUUGA